UUGCCAACUCAGUCCGCCUGCCCGGCGACAAAAUAAACAGCACCAUUGCGGAAUCGACGGUAACCUAAAUACAGCCAACUUAAAAUCCGCAUGCUAUUGUUAUUACAAUUAGAGGUUAAAAUGUUUUAAUCUAUGGACGUUUCUGGCCAUUUUACCUCUCCUUUUCUCCUACCGUAAGGAGUUCAUCCUAAGAGGAAUUGACUGGAUCACACUGGAUCUAGAGAAACUGUCAACCAUUUAAACAACCGACUACCGUCAUGACUGCCGCAAUCCGGGAAUCUUCCCGAGUCCCAGUUCGAGUAGCUGGUGAUGGCAUGGAAACUGAAAAAAAAACCUCCAUCUUGGAGGCCAGCACAGAUAAGAUGCCACUUGGUCCGGUAUGCGUACCCGUCUUGCAGGCAGCAAGUCCCAAGCACAUUACAAAAGCUUCCCAACUUCCUCCCACUCUUUCCCCGCAACCUAUUGGGGUACUCCACCUGGGCAAAGUGUGUAAGGAGGCCUGUACAGAAGUCGAGGCUGUAAGGAUAGUUGUCCCUCGUGCUGCCAUAAGUAGAAGUAGCCGUGCAGCUGAGGGGAAAGGAGAUGCAGGGCAACAGGCAGAGGAGCGAAGUUCCUCCCCGCAGCCAAUGGUGGAGGACUGGAGAGGCCAUCUUGAGAAGCUUCAGAACUCAGAACGCAGGCUGCUGCAGGACAAAGAAGGCCUCUCUAAUCAGCUGCGUGUACAGACAGAGGUGAAUCGUGAGCUCAAGAAACUGCUGGUGGCGUCUGUCGGUGAUGAUUUGCAGUACCAAUUUGAGCGUCUGGCCCGUGAGAAGAAUCAGCUAAUUCUGGAGAACGAGGUUUUGGGUCGAAGUUUGUCACACACGGCAGAACAGCUGGAACGCAUGAGUAUCCAGUGUGACGUAUGGAGGAGCAAGUUCCUGGCCAGCAGAGUGAUGGCAGAGGAGCUGACAAACGCCAGAGCAGCUCUGCAACGCCAGACCAGGGAGGCACAAGGAGCCAUCCAAGACCUGUUGUUAGAACGAGAAGAGUACUCAAGAGAAAUGGUACACACCCACAGAUCUCUGGAGCAGCUCCUGGUGUCUCUGCAGUGGGGCAGACAGCAGACAUAUUACCCCAGCGCACAGCCGCUCAGCACAGGAGAGCUGGCAGCGGCCAAUCACAAGCUAGCAGACACCAUCAACUCUCACCUGUUGGGCAAGAACACCGGCAGUGUGGUCAAAAGUAGCAAUGCAACGUCUGAGCAGGUCUGCAGCACACCAGCAGAGAAGAUGGCUGAGAAGGUGCUGAAGAUUUUAGAUCCAAUUUCCUGCACAGAAAACCAGACAGAGUCUGCACUAAGUGACUCACCCCCUUCAAACUUUCUGGGCAACAAGAAGAGCAUCGGCAGAUUUCACCCAUACACUCGCUAUGAGAACAUCACUUUUAACUGCUGCGAACACUGCACUGGAGACAUCAUUGUGCUGUAGACGAGCACCAACACGCACCAUCUUUUCUUUACAAUAUCGCCAAGCAAACGUUGGCUUUCAUCGUGGUCAUCUUCAUAUUAUUGGCAAGUAUUCUGAAAACGAUAACACAUUUGCAGUAUUUCAAAUGGUAUCAAGUAUUAACACAUGCUGUCACAGGUGAAAUGAUUACAUGUUGUUUUCAAGACUUGACGAGUGAAACUGUAAAUUUGUGAAAUCAUUGUUUUUUGUAAGAAUGAAAGCUGUAAUACUUUUAAAUAUGUAUUCCAACAUUCUUUCCUACCUUAGGUCCAAAGUCUUGUUGAUACAUUUUAUCAGUGCUCUGGCAGUUGCAACUUCCAUCACGUCCUUAUUUUUCCUCAAUGAUCUUUUCUUGUAGUGUCGUCUGCGACACUUAGUGGGAAGCAUUGUGUAAAGUGAAGUGUACCAUUUUUUUCAUACCAGUGUUUUAUUAGAUUUUUCUGCUUAUUCUAUUUUAUUUAUGAUUUGAAUGAACGACUUGGACAUGUUAAACUUUUGGAUAAUUAUUUAUAAUGUAAUCAUGGAUUUAACAUAUUGAAGUUUUUUAUGUGUACAAUGCAUUUCGGAGCCAUAAGCUGGUUCAGUGGUGGUGUCAAUGGUCCCAAUUAAGGAUCUUCUGUAGACAUAUACUGGUUUAUAUUCUAAGCUACAACAUGGAGCAGGCCUUAACCAGCCAUGACAUGAAAUUAAAGUAUGCUUCAAGUAAACUGACUUGUAUUUAGCUUGUUUGAACAAUGUCCUUAGUUAGGAGAAAACGUAUUUUGUGUUAUUUUUUUCAAACCACAGAAAUACAAAGUAUGUAUUGUUUUUAAUUUGCACAGAAAGCAUUCAUUUUGUAC